AAUCAGCUGUUUUCGAAGCGAACGAAAAAUUUAACUGAACCCGAGAUUUGAAGCUAAAUUGUAGCAAAACAAGUGUCUAUUGGCAGCAAAAGUGUAACAGGGCCAGGAGAGCAAUGGAGCCGCCAUCGACGGGCGGUGUUACAGCCGCUGGCAACAAUACCACACACAAAUUUCACCCAUGCGACGAGGCGGUGAUAGCGACCAACGACGAUGCCAGCGAUUGCAAGCGGUGUGCCGUCCGCUUAGGCUACUGGAAGGACGACUACAUUGGUUACUUUGUGCGGAAUCAGGAGCGUAAGGCACCGGAGAUAAACCGUGGCUACUUUGCACGCGUCAAGGGCGUCGAGAUGUGCGUGGAGAAAUUCCUGAAGAAAACCUCUGGAAACUGCCAGAUCAUAAAUCUGGGCUGUGGCUUCGACACACUCUACUUUCGCCUGAGGGACACGGCGCACCAAGUGAAGAACUUCAUCGAGCUGGACUUUCCCACGGUGACGGCGCGCAAAUGCUACACAAUCAAACGCAACAAGGCACUGCUGGCCAAGAUACACGAUGAGGACGGCGAGGUGCGUCUCAGUCCCACCGAUCUGCAUGGCCCCAGCUACCAUCUGAUGGGCGUCGAUCUGCGCAAUCUCGACGAGGUGGACAACAAGCUGCAGCAGGCCGAGGUGGACUACACGCUGCCCACCAUCUUCCUGGCCGAGUGUGUGCUGGUCUACAUCGAAGCACAGAAUUGUCGCAAUCUUCUCAAGUGGAUAGCGCAAAAGUUUCAGGCCGCCGUCUUUGUCAACUACGAGCAGGUCAAUAUGAACGAUCGCUUUGGCGAGGUGAUGCUCAACAAUCUGCGUAGUCGUGGCUGCAGUCUGGCCGGUGUCGAGUCCUGCCUGUCGCUGGACACGCAAAAUCAGCGCUUCAAGGACUGCGGCUGGAGCGGUGCGCGUGCCUGGGACAUGGUGCAGGUGUACGAGAGCAUAUCCUCGGCCGAGCGGCAGCGCAUCGAGCGCCUGGAGAUGCUCGACGAGGGCGAGCUGCUGCUGCAGCUCUUCCAGCAUUACUGCCUGGUGGUGGCCUGGCUGGGCGUGGCCUUCCAGGACUUAGAUAUCACGGUGGAAGAGCUAAUGUCCUCGCUGAACAUUGACUAAUCGAAUGGAGGAGCGGCGACCAUCUUGGAUGCAUUACUUAUGGUCUUUAUGGCGUCUCUGCUUGCUGGCCCAAGUGGGUUGCAGCCAUGCCAAAUGUUUUUUUUCUCCUCUCAAUGUGUUAAUAAUGCAAAAACGAAAUUCGAAAAUCGUAAUCAUCUCGUACUCGUCUUUAAAUAUGGAACACACAGCCCCACACACACACGUGCAUCAUGUGCAUUGUUUAUUAUUAAAUUCACAAUUGUUCCUUAAGCAUUUUGCGGCUUG